GGGUAAAAUUUAAACUGAGGUCAAAUAGCAAUAUUGAUGUAACAUUAGGAACAGCAAAAUAGAGAUCUAUUUACAAACUAUUGAUUCUUACCUAGAUGGAUUAACAUCUUUGGUUCGAUCACUGAAAAUUUACUUAUUGUUUAACAAUGAUGGACAGAUAGUUAAAUCCCUGACAAAUAAUUUGAUUUUGAAAACUGAAUUGCGGUGCGAAGUGAAACUGAAACAAACACAUGUCAAAUUACACUAGCCAUCAGAAUAAACGCCCAGAUAUUGUGAGAAGAAAUCAAGAAGAAGCACAAAACUCCACAUUAUACAUUUUAAAACAGUAUGGACCAACAUUUUACUUGCUACAAGACGGUUCGAAGCAAAAAUAUAAGGUACAACUCGGUGAUAUUCAUACUUGCUCAUGUGGUGAUUUUACAAAAAAUCGUGAACUAUGUGUUCAUUUAUGCUGGAUAUUAAUUAGACGAUUCAAAGUAGACCCAAAUAAUCCUGUAUCUUGGCAAUCUGGAUUAGUUGAGCGAGAAAUAUCAGCUCUUUUAGACGGACAGCACUCAGCAACGAAUAAUGUCACAAAUUUAACUCAACCUAAAGUUCUGAAUGAGGAGAAAUUUGAUGAAAAGCCUUCAUAUAACCUACAACGCCAAAUUGGAGAAAACGAUAUUUGCCCAAUAUGCCAGGAUUACCUUUUUUCUCAAGUGCGACUUCCAGUAACAUUUUGCCGUAAAAAUUGUGGUAACAGUCUACAUAUACGAUGUAUGAAAGUAUGGACAGACUAUCAAAGAAAACAAAACCCUUUAGGAUUAAUGGAUUACGUAAAAUGUCCUAUUUGUCGAGAGGAUUUUGCACCCUUACAUGUUCUUAUUCGGGAAUUUACGGAAAAUGUGAAAACAGAUAUUAAAAAGUCUACUGAACCUAAACAUAUUCACAAUAUGACCAUUAUUGGUCAAGCAAACGAUGCACAUAGAAAACUGAACAUCGAAACAAUGCAAACAAGACAUUCAAAUACACGAUGUUUAUCAUGUUUAUGCUCGCCAAUAUUAGGUAAUAUUUAUCGUUGUGAAAUAUGCUAUCAAUUAGGACAAGAUGAAAAUUUAAAUCCGUUUUUAUGUUCACUAUGUUUUCGUUCUAAUAAGCAUUUACAACAUGGUCUAUAUGUUUAUAGAGAGACAUCACACGGAAAAUGGCUUGAAGUACCACCCAAUCGAGGUGAUAUUACAAAUCUCUCUGGACAGUUAGUUGGCAAAGUUCAAGAAAACAAUGAAAACCUUCAGUCGAGCUCAACAGAAAAAUUCAACCAUUUGUCAAUUAACGAAGAAUGGAAACCUCUUCAAUUAGCUGAAUUAGCUCAAAUUCGUCAGUGGACAAUUAGAAUUCCCAGAAAUCAUUCUGAUUUCAUCUCACCAAAACCGUCGGACAAAGCAACUAAUAAUGAUAAUAAAAUUAAAUCUGUGAAAGGAAAGUCAUCGACAAGUUCUAAUUUAUUUCCAGAGCGUUCAGGGACAUCACUCUCGAUGGGAUUGUUAUCACCAGGUCGUCAAUGCCUUCUUUGUUUAAUGUUUUUUAAAGUAAAUGAUAAAGUUAGACAACUGUCACCUGGCUGUAAACAUAUUUUUCAUUCAUAUUGUAUUGAUCCGUGGCUGCUUCAUAAGUCAUCAACAUGUCCGAUUGAUAACACACCUAUUCGUCCUAUAAAAACAAUCGAUAAAAAAUCAUCGACAAAUCGUACACCAAGACAAAGAACUGAUGAAAUGUUGACUGACAAUUUGAGUGAAUUAAAAAUCUUUGCAAAACGUAUUGAAGGCGAACCGAAAAUUAGAGCGAACCCCUCUCAUAAUAACUUAGCGAGCACUGGGGAUUAAUUUCAAAGAAAAAAUUAACUUAACCUAUCAGCUUAUAGGAGAACAGAACCGUGAUUGUGCAACUUGCAAAUAAAAUAUAUAUGAAAAUUGAGGUAUUAAAAAGCCGUUCAAAUGAAAUUCACAAUCCAUUUAAAGGCAGAACACUAUAUUAUUUAAACCAUGUUAUUAUAUUGACAAGAUGCGUUCAGUAUCAAUAAAACUACUUUUUUUACCACAUGAAUAUAUAUUACUUUACUACUGAAAAAAUUGUUAGUAGCUUGUAGAUUUCGAAUGUAAUAAGUUGAUCUUACAUAACUUAAAUGUUAUAGCUAAGAUUAGAUAUUUCGAGAUAUUUGUGAAACAGAGUAGAAUGUAUUAGGAGUAUCACUUUAAAUUUAGAUUUAAUCGUUUCAUUAAAAAACCAAUCAAUAUCUUUUGUGAGGAUCCUGUGAAUGAAUUCAGCAUUUGGUUGACUAUUUCCGAUUUUUCCGUUGUAAUUAUUUCUUUCUAUGUAUAAAAAGGUUUCAUUAUUCUUAUAUAUAGAUAUUCAUUUCACUGCUGUCUCUCUUAUUUAAUAUUUUUGUUUUUCAAAUAUCAAUUCAGACUUAAUUUUGUGACAGUUUGUAUUUGUCUUAUUUAAUUGAAUAUAUCAUCUUUAUUGUUCCUUAAAGUAUUUCUGAUCAUGAAUUCCGAACAGAUUUUCUGCAUUUUGAAGAAAAUUUCAACUAAUUUACCCUUGAGAUUAUUCGAAAUCGAUUAUCGAUAAAUAAAAAAACAUUGACAGCUGAAAUAGAUUUGUUUUCC